GGAGAAAGGAAGAUGACCAGCGGGGUGCUUUCUCGAAAAGCCGCCACAACCCGACCAACAGACUAACCGACGGCAGCAGCCGCUUUCUUUCUGGACCUCCUGUUUUCCCUUGCUCAACCUCUUUCUUCCCUCUCUGCCCCUGCCGAUCGCCCCUCAUCCUGAACCAUGUCCAUUCGUGUGGUGACUAUCCCCUACCGGGCAGAUAACUAUGCCUACGCCCUGAUCAACACCCUUCGGCGGACAGCUGUUGUGGUGGAUGUUGGCGACUCGCGUGCCGCCCUCUCCGCCCUGGAGACUGCCUUUGCCGGGAAGGACUACGCCGUCGAGGGUGUGAUGAUCACCCACCACCAUGGUGACCACUGCGCUGGUGUCCGGGACUUUUUGGAUUCCUUCGAGGAGUCCCGGCGCCCACCGGUUCUCGGGAAUGACCUGCGCAUCCCCCAUCUGACGCGAACCCUGGGUCAUGGGGAGGUGGUGGACUUUGCGCCGGUCGGAGUCCGUGCGCGCGGCAUCUUUACUCCCUAUCACACGCUGGGCGCCAUGACCUUUGCCUUUACUCUGCUGUCGGAUGGCGAUGCGCCGGACACGGCCACAGAGUUCGAUGGUCGGAAGCUUGGCACUGGCUCCGCGGUGCCGGCUGGACAUGAGCUUCUCUUUACCGGCGACUCGCUUUUCAUCGGCGGAUGUGGGCGCAUGUUCGAGGGGACUGGCGAUCAGUUGCAUGCCGCCAUGCGCCGUCUCUUCCCGCCCAAUGAGUGCCCGAUCGCCGAGGAGCGCCGGUGGAUCUUCCCCGGCCAUGAGUACACCCUGAGCAACUAUCGCUUCUCGCGGUCGCUGCCAGUGCGUGAGAAGUUGGAGGCCGAGCAUGGGCCAUACACCCCCCCGCCGGCUGGCGAGGCCAAGGAGCCCUGGAUUCUGGCCAUCACAUCCGAGGCCCACCAUGGCAUCACCCAGGCCGAGGAGGCCGCCGCUCGGCGUAUCGCCGCCGGAAUGACCACCGUGCCCAUCAGCGCGUCCGAGGAGCGCGAGACCAAUGUCUUUGUGCGUGCCUCGCACGGUAUGGACUUCCCCGAGUCCGAGCAGGAUGGUCAGCCGGAUGCCUUCGCGGCGCAGAUCCAUCGAGUCACUGCCCUCCGUGGGGCCAAGGACCGCUCUUAAGUCGAGCAGCAUGCCAGUUGCCGGGUCAGCGACCUCUCGGUGAGCCUUUCCCCCCUCUCUGUGUCUCUCCCCCCCCCCCCCCC